AUGCACCAAGACACUGAAGCAGUGAAGAGAAUGCACCAAGACACUGAAGCAGUGAAGAGAAUGCACCAAGACACUGAAGCAGUGAAGAGAAUGCACCAAGACACUGAAGCAGUGAAGAGAAUGCACCAACACACUGAAGCAGUGAAAAGAAUGCACCAAGACGCUGAAGCAGUGAAGAGAAUGCACCAAGACGCUGAAGCAGUGAAGAGAAUGCACCAACACACUGAAGCAGUGAAGAGAAUGCACCAAGACGCUGAAGCAGUGAAGAGAAUGCACCAAGACACUGAAGCAGUGAAGAGAAUGCACCAACACACUGAAGCAGUGAAGAGAAUGCACCAAGACGCUGAAGCAGUGAAGAGAAUGCACCAAGACACUGAAGCAGUGAAGAGAAUGCACCAACACACUGAAGCAGUGAAGAGAAUGCACCAAGACGCUGAAGCAGUGAAGAGAAUGCACCAAGACACUGAAGCAGUGAAGAGAAUGCACCAAGACACUGAAGCAGUGAAGAGAAUGCACCAAGACACUGAAGCAGUGAAGAGAAUGCACCAACACACUGAAGCAGUGAAGAGAAUGCACCAACACACUGAAGCAGUGAAGAGAAUGCACCAACACACUGAAGCAGUGAAGAGAAUGCACCAACACACUGAAGCAGUGAAGAGAAUGCACCAACACACUGAAGCAGUGAAGAGAAUGCACCAACACACUGAAGCAGUGAAGAGAAUGCACCAAGACGCUGAAGCAGUGAAGAGAAUGCACCAACACACUGAAGCAGUGAAGAGAAUGCACCAACACACUGAAGCAGUGAAGAGAAUGCACCAACACACUGAAGCAGUGAAGAGAAUGCACCAAGACGCUGAAGCAGUGAAGAGAAUGCACUAA